GAAACGCCUGCCGAACUGGUGUGUCGUAUUUCAUUCCUCGCUCGUUAGCUCUACAAAUCACCCGUGUUGAUUCCGCUCACGUUUCAUCUCGACCCGCAUCAGAUAAUGAUAUACGAUGUGGCAAUCAUUGGUGCCGGUCCUGCUGGCUUGGCUGUGGCAGCUAGAUUAAGAGAAGCCACUCCGUCUGCUCUCUUCACCGACGACGAGCAUCGCAGAUACUGGCGACGAUUCAACCGGCGUGAAACCAUUCAAACCGAAUCCAAAAUCCGGCGGCGAUUAGCAGAUACUGAUUCGCGUCAAAAUGCCCCCCCGGAAAGAUCAAUCAUUGUGCUUGAUGCUGUUUCCGACAAAUGGAUGGGUGCAUGGGGAGAGAGGUUCCGCAAACUGCAGAUCGAUCAUCUUCGGAGUCCGCUGUUCUUCCAUCCAGAUCCAAGAGAUAGAGAUGCUCUGUUGACAUUUUCGCAUUUUUCUGGGCGUGCCUGUGAGUUACAAGAAAUUCAUAACGUGGUGGGCAAAGAAAUCAGCAAGCAUCGGAUCAAGAAGACCCGUCAGAGAAAAACCGUCCCACAUCUUCGGAUAGACGACAGAGACCGUGUCGAUUACUUCACACCUUCCACUCAGAUCUUCCAUGACUUUUGUGAGGAUAUUGUGGACAGAUAUCAUCUACGGAACGUGGUGGUGCAAGCAAGGGUCGAAAAUAUUGAGUACGGAGACCUGGGCGGGUUGAAUAACGGUAAAUGUUUCACCUUGACAACGAACCAGGAAGACAUUUUCUCCAGGUUCGUUGUCCUCGCAGUUGGUCCUGGCUGUAAGCCCGGAAUUCCCAUGGACAGCAACCUCCAGCUGGGCGACGAUUUGCGAGGUGUUUGCCACUGCCUCGAUCCUGCAGCCGGGCACUACUUGCCAGAGCAUGUCCUACAAAGGAUUAACAAAAGAGUACCGACUUCGGUGGUGGUGGUUGGAGGUGGACUCACCAGUGCUCAAGUUGCCGAUCUAAUCAUCAGGCGUGGAGUCACCAAGGUGUGGCUGUUAUUGAGAGGAAGAUACAAAGUAAAGCAUUUCGACGUCGACCUGGAGUGGGUAUCGAAGGUUCGCAAUCAGCAGAUGUCGGUCUUUUGGUCGGCGGAUAGUGAUGAAGAGCGUUUCAAGAUGCUCUCCGAAGCUCGAAAUGGAGGCAGCAUAACCCCAAAGUUUGACAAGAUUCUUCAAAGACACAUUGCCAAUGGCAGUCUUGCUGUGCUGACUCACACUCACAUCGAAGACGGAAUCUGGAGCAGCGAAAGCCGGACAUGGUCUCUCAAGCUGUCGUCCGCACCACAUCAGUUCCCGCAUAGUAUCGACCACGUCAUAUAUGCUACAGGAGCAGGACCAAACAUCGAGAAAGUGCCCUGUAUCCAGCGGAUGCGGCAGGAAUACUUUGUCCAGUCUAUUAAUGGGCUACCAAAACUUACCGACGAUUUGAUGUGGGACAAAGAUGUCCCAUUAUUCUUGACUGGCGGACUGGCCGGGUUAAGGCUUGGUCCUGGCGCUGCAAAUUUAGCCGGGGCACGGCAGGGCGCCGAAAGGAUCGCAUGGAAGAUCGACGAGCUACUGGACAGGGGGCAGGACCAGUCACUCGAUAAUCAGAGUUCAGUCUCGGAUAAUGUAGACAGAAGCUCUCUGGAAGAGGGUGAGAGGAAGACAUUGAACAUGGAAUGGAGAGAGUACACCGGAGGCUUUGUCAAUCAAUUCAAGGCCUUGAUGUUGGACAAAGACGGCUGAAGCCGGGUCUUCCUAUUGACGUCGAUGAAGUGUUACUGAGACUUCCAUGUGGAAGAGGGGCGCGUGAUUGUCAAGUCAUGUCCUACCUAGCGAGCGAUCCAGGAGGCAGGCAGACGCUGUUAACUGGGUUGAUAGGCUUGAUAGGUUGAGGAGGAACGUGAUGGAAUGGAAAUUCACGCAGCCUUCACCUCUAGGAUGGCGGGUACAAUACGCGCUUGGGGUUACACAAUCGCUCGCGCCAAAUAUGUCGGUGGUCAAGCACGAUACAAGAGGACGUGGUUGAACAAAGGCAUCCCGUUUUCACCAAUAGGUAUAUUCCAAAAGCUUGAGAGUCCAUGCUUAAGCUUUGCCUGCAAUUUUCUUUUGCUCCGUCAACCAGAUGUUUGCGAUAGUUUCGUGCGUGCAGAACUCGACGCCGUCACCAAAAGAUUUGAGCCACUGAAUCACCCGCUCAGACAUGCCGAUAAUAUGGGCCAUGCCGCUGGUGUCGGGAUGCAUCAGGAUGGGGAAGACAAAGUCGAUGGAUCCGGAUCCUUCAUAAUGGUCCCAGCACCAGAGGAACUUAUCCUUCCACAUCUGCUCUACAGUUCGAGUGGAGACGUAGCCCAUGCUGUUGGCCAGAUGGGGGAGGUACUGCAGAGGCAUCAUGUCUUCGUUAUACCAGCCGCAGGGGAUUUCCACCAGAGGAUGUAGGCCACUUUCGGGGUAGGCUUGCGAUGCGAUAGGUGUAGGCUCCAGCCAGGAGGAUGCCGGUUUAGAGAAAUCAAUCGUCUUGAUCGGCGGGUCGUUGGGCGUGAAGAACGGUUGCGAGUCAUGAUGCAUGAGCGAGGAGUUAUAGAGAAACUUGUUCUUCCGGAGGAGUUUAACAGUGGUCUCGCGGAUAGUAUACAUAGGGGCCCGGUACCCGCGCGGAGGUUUCCCAGUAAGCUUUGUCGCGACUUCAAUACACUUGUUAAGGACGUCCGUCUCUUGUG